AAUAUAUAAAUAAAGCGUAUGCAUUAAUGAUAACAAGAUAUAAAUAAUUACGAUCAAUUUUUUAUUUAAAGUCUUAUCUGAAUUCAUCGAAUACGUCUAUUUUUUAUCGAUAACAAUGUAUUAUAACAUUACAAGGUUAUGUUGAUCUGUCAAAGUGUUCCUUUCUAUUUCGAUUAUUUGUUAACAAAUAUAAACAUUAAAGUUGAUAUAAAAUGGAAUGUGGACAUUUAAUUUUGAUUCCGAAAGUCGAUAAUGUUGUAUUAAUUGAUAAAAGUGAUAGUAAUAAUAAAAGUUUAGAAGGAACAUUGUGUAUUAGUAGCCACAAUCUUAUUUUAUCUUCAAGACAAGGCGAUGGUCAAGAACUAUGGCUUAUAUAUAGGAAUAUCGAUGCAAUAGAAAAGAAAUUAAAUACUCAAAGUCCUGGUGGAAGUAUCAUACUAAAAUGUAAAGAUUUUCGUGUGCUUCAACUGGAUAUUAAUUCUACCGAUGAUUUAAUGAGUGUUAUGUUGUCUAUAGAAAGAUUAGCAUCACUAGAACAAACACUUCAGUAUCCCUUUUUCUAUAAACCAAAAGCAACAAAUAAUAUGGUACAAAUAGAAGAUGGAUGGACAGCAUAUGCUCCUGUUUCAGAAUGGUCUAGAUUAUUGACUUUAUAUGCAGAUGAAUGGAGAAUCAGUUAUUUGAAUGUGGAUUACAAAGUUUGUAACUCUUAUCCAUCAGCUGUUAUAGUACCUAGACAAAUAGAAGAUAAAGUUAUAAUAUCUUCUGCUAGUUUUCGAGAUGGUGGUAGAUUUCCUGUUUUAUGUUACAGACAUGAAGGCGGGAGUGUUUUAUUAAGGAGUGGUCAGCCAAUGUGCGGUGCUACUGGUAAAAGAUGUAAAGAAGAUGAAAGGUUAUUAAAUGCAGUUCUAAGGCCUGGAAGACGAGGGUAUAUAGUAGAUACGAGAUCUGUUACCCAAGCUCAAAGUGCAAGAGCAAAGGGUGGUGGAACAGAAAUGGAUGCUGCUUAUCCUCAAUGGAGAAAAGUACAUAAAGUGGUGCCACGGCCUCAUGAUUUAGCAGACAGCUUUUUUAAAUUAAUAGAGGCUUGUAAUGAUGUAACUUGUUCUACAUCACAAUGGUUGUCUAGACUUGAAAGCAGUGGAUGGUUAACUGCUAUUCAAGGUGCUUUAAAUGCUGCUUGCGUAACUGCUCAAUGUCUUCAUCAAGAAGUUGCAGCUGUGUUAGUACAUGGAGGUGCAGGCAGAGAUGCAACACUAGUUGUAACAAGUUUGGCGCAAGCUAUACUAAAUCCUGAUUGUCGUACCGUACGUGGUCUGCAAGCUCUUAUAGAAAGAGAAUGGUUACAAGCUGGUCAUCAGUUUUUUACUCGUACACGACACGGACCUUAUCACACUUCUCAUUCUCAAAGUCUAACACAUGCUCCAACAUUUUUACUUUUCCUUGAUUGUCUUUAUCAACUUUAUUAUCAAUUUCAAUUCAGUUUCGAAUAUAGGGUUGAUUUAUUGAUAGAGUUGUAUAGACAUAGCUACUAUUCAGAAUAUGGAACAUUUUUAGGUGAUUCAGAAGCAGAAAGGAUUCAACUUGAAUUGUCUGAGCAUACUUGUAGCUUAUGGUCUUACAUGAAUCAACCAGAAGUAUUAGAAAAAUGGUUAAAUCCUUUAUACGAUCCAAAUCCUGGAGUUAUUUGGCCUAGUGUUGCACCUAUCAGUAUUCAAUUAUGGAAAGAACUAUAUCUUGCACACACCAGUGCUUCAUCUUGGGAUGGUGCUCUUUCUUGUGUAAAACAAAUAAAAAAUAAUCAUUUAGCUGUGAAAAAAGUAGCUUUACAAUUACAUGCACAAAUUAAACGUGUAUUGGAGGACAUUCGAAAAUAUCCUGAUGUGUCUUUCGAUUUUGAUGUUCAGGAUGAACAUAAUCUUAUAGCACAAUUAAGUUUGGAGUCCCAAAGCACUUGAUAAAAAAUUAUAAUCAUUUAAAAAAAAGGAUAUAAAAGAACUACCUUCAUCUUGUAAAUUUAAGUUUAUCUGAUAUAAUAAUAUUUACUGAUAAGUAAUUGUCACAUUUGUCAAAAAAUUCAUGUUCAUAUACUUCCUAUUAUAUAAUUAUA